AUGAUUGGAAAGCUUGGUGGACAAAAUGCACACAAUACACCACCCUGUUCGAGCCAAGCCCCAGGACCAGCCGACAGACCGUCAUCGAGAAGCGCUCAACUGCGCGGCUCGCUCAUCCUUCAUAACGGGGGCGUGGCGAGCCACACAUGUAGACAUGCCACUCUGUACGAUGCUACCUCGACUACUGACUGCGCAAGAGUUUCACCUGGGGUUAAUCGCUUCAGGCAGGUAAGGAAGAUCAGGUUGGGCAAUCAAAGUACUCACCACUUCGUAGCUCGCCUACCUUAUCUCACUUCUCAACGUACAUUGAGGCGACAAGCCGUAUUUCGUGCAAAUCGCCAGGGCAUUGGAGCUGUGCGUCUACCUCGAAUCUACUGCGGUCUAUCUAUUUCACGGGCGUCUUCGAAAUGCCAUUUGCCUUACCUCCUCUACUUCUUCUUUGAGAAACGGCCGCCGCGGCUUAAUAUCAGCAAAAGCAUUGCCAGCUCAUCAAUGCAUGACCUUAACACCGGCCCUGGUCUCUACCUGGUCGCUGCCCAUGCCUCCCCCUCUCAGAUCGCUCCAGUCAGCAGCUGCCCAGGCGCGCGCCAGAGGAAUCAAGCACAUGCAAGGCAUCUCCCUACCUCUUACUGCGAAGGACCGCUAUUCGUCUAA